AUGGCGACCGUAACGACGCCGCCGACCACAAGGUCAAAGCUUCGGGAAUAUUUUCACACCGAGUACCAACCCGGCGAACGAAAGCUGAUACAGAAGAUUGACUUCUUCAUCUUGACCUUCUGUUGUUUAAGUUACUUCACCAACUACUUGGAUAGAUCCAAUCUCAGCAAUGCCUACGUCUCAGGCAUGAAGGAAGAUUUGGGAUUCGUAGGGGACCAGCUAAACCAAAUCAACACCUGCUUCACGGUUGGUUAUGUGGUCGGCCAAAUCCCCGCGAAUCUGUCGCUACACUACUUCAAGCCACGAUACUUCUUCCCCGCCUGUAUGCUCGUUUGGGCCGGACUGACUAUGGUCACGGCCUCUGUGCACAACCCACAGAGCAUAAUGGCCAUCCGCUUCUUCCAGGGCAUAGUCGAAGCUACCACUUUCGUCGGUACACAUUUCAUUCUAGGCUCCUGGUAUACGGAGCGCGAGUUGGGUAAGCGUUCUGGCAUAUUUACAGCAUCGGGGUUGGCUGGGACGAUGAUCGGCGGGUUUAUCCAAACAGGUAUUCACUCAAGCUUAGACGGUAGAAAUGGCCUGCGCGGUUGGCGUUGGUUGUUUAUCAUGGAUGGUAUCAUCACGGUACCGGUCGCGCUCUACGGCCUGAUCUUUUUUCCAGACACGCCCUCGACAACCAAGGCCUUCUACCUCACCGAAUCCGAGAAAGCCUUGGCCGUAUCCCGCGUGCCACCUGUGGAGGACCGAUCGCCCGUAUCGUGGACUUUCUUCAAAAAAUCAUUUUCCUCCUGGUUCUUUUGGGGGUUUGUGAUCCUUUGGAUUAUUGCUGGUGAGACCGAGUCCUUUAGCUCGAAUGCCUUGUUAGCAUUGUAUUUGAAGAGCCAUCCGACAAACAAAUACUCGGUCUCUCAAUUAAACAACUACCCCACUGGUGUGCCGGCCGUCGGUAUCGUGUCAACACUCUUCUGGGCCACGCUUACGGACUUCCUCAGUGGCAAACGGUAUCUUGUCGGUUAUUUUAUCGGCAUUACUGGUGUAGCUACUUCUGCUAUGAUACUCGCAGCUUCUAAGGACCCGACGAACCCCGAGUCGACCUCCGUAGUCUUUGGCGCCUAUUAUUGGGCAGGUGCUGUUUAUGCUUGUCAGGCGACCUUCUUCGCCUGGGCUAAUGAUGCUCUCCGUUACGAAGAGCAAAUGUUCCGAGCCAUCGUACUUGCCGGUAUGAAUCUAGGUAGCAACGCUGUGAACGCUUGGUGGAGUAUUGUCUUCUAUGGCGCAUCCAUGGCGCCGUGGUUUUCUAGGGGAAUGUGGGCUAUGAUUGCCGUGUCUAUAUUGUUGGCGAUUUGGACCGUGGCGUUGUCAUAUACGACUGCCAAACACGAAAGGAUGCGGAAAGCGGAGCUCGCCUUAUCUUCUGGUGCCGCCGACCGCAAAAGUGUUAUCGAUUAUGCCUAA